UUGAAGUCGGUGUGAGCUGAUUCAUCCACUCCCAAUCCAGGGUGGUCAUCAUAUUCUGACGUCAUACUAUAUGGUCAUCAGCCCACCCCCCCUCCGUGUCUGACGAUUUCAUGCGGACCGAUUGAUUGAUCAAGAACUCUCUGUCCAAGUGAGUGCCCUUGGUCAACUGGGUACCCAUUCCUUUGUCCUCUUUCUAUCUUCGGCUCAAGCUAUCUACAUCGUCCAAUACCUUACCUGUUUGUCUCUUCUAGUAGCUAUCCUCCAUCACAUCAAGAUGCCCUCCUCUCAAUUCCUGUCUCGCACUGAGAACUUGCUCGGAAGUCGACUCGUGAUUGCGGUUGGUAGUCUGCUUGCUGGUGGGGCAUUGUAUGCGAGCUCGACCAGAGUGCCAUCGGCCAUCAUCAAAUCGACUCGAUCCGAACCACUGCCGGACGAUCUAGAGUACUGGAUCAUCACAGAGAAGCCACGAGCGCUGAGACAUCUACUGGCUGCCUUCGGCCCCGAUGGUAGCAAUGCACCAGGAACAGUUGCCGGGGUCAUGGUCGCCUCUCCCUCACGGCCGGGCUCCUACCACGAUAAGGAAACCGAGAAUGAAGACUACUUUUUUCAUUGGACCCGUGACGCUAACUUGUGUUUGCAAGUGGUAAUACGAAAACUGAGCGAGGCCGAGUCGGGCGUCGACCUUCAAUUGGUCUCAACAAGACCGCAAGAAGCUCCAGGUAUUCCAUCUUUGAAGCGCGCCUUGGAGGUAAUCGUCAGGGAAUCGGUCACUUUUAACGGUCAAUUACAGCAAGUUCUCAAUCUCUCAGGUGGCCCUUUGGACGGGGGAUUGGGGGAACCCAAAUUUCUGGUCGAUGGAUCUCGGUUUGAUGGCCCUUGGAGAAGGCCGCAAAAUGAUGGGCCUGCAAUCCGGGCAAGCGCGAUGAUCCAAUAUGCACGACAUCUGAUCAGCCGACGACCCAACCUCGAACAGGUAUUCGAUUUCAUAGCUGCUCACUUAUACCACAGGGACAAUCCCCAACUUCAGGUACAACUGGACAUUGACCAUGUCUGCCGAGCCUGGAGUGAACCAAGUUCUGAUUUGUGGGAGGAAGUCGAAGCAAAUUACGGCGGACACUUUUACACACUCAUGGUCCAAAGAAAAUCCGUCCAAGACUUUUUAGACUUCACACGAUCUUUACCGUCUGAGAAGCAGCCUUCAGAUCAGGAAUACUAUUUCGCCACAUUGGCAAAAAUGGAUGAAAGGCUAGAACAUUUCUGGAACCCAGAAGGUUUGCCGGCCAGGGAGGGCGGUAACACUGAAAACCCAAACAAUUCCUUCGUACCAUUUUCCACGAAGCCUCACAUCUUACCCACGCUUGAUCGAGUGGAUGGACAGCCCAAACCAUCGCAAGUUGAUACCGCAGUCUUGCUGGCCGUCAAUCAUACCGCUGGAUCCAAUCAACCUCAUAACUGGAUACCCAGCUCCGAUCGCGUCCUUGCAACGCUUGACCGUCUCGUGGAGGUUUUCGAACAACUUUAUCCGAUUAAUCAUUCUAAACAAGGCACUGGAAUUGCAAUUGGUCGCUACCCAGAAGACGAAUAUGAUGGAGUGAAGUCAAGUUCUGUUGGUCAUCCCUGGUUUCUCUGCACGCAUGCAGUUGCAGAAACGACCUAUCUAGCCAUCAGUGAUUUCCGAAAGACGGUGUCGAUUCCAGUGACUCGCUUCAAUCUCGCCUUCUUCUCUCGCUUCUUGCCUGAGCUGAGCGAAUCAUUUGACGACCAAACACCGCUCACAAUUGACCGGGGAACUGACGAGUAUGCUAAGCUCUUGAACGGCAUGUCCAAAUGGGCAGAUCGGUUUCUUGUCGAUGUUACGUUCAAAUACUUUGACUCUCGUGAUGGCCGGAUGAGUGAACAAAUCGACCGCAAUACUGGACAGAUGCGCGGAGCUCGUGAACUUACUUGGAGUUAUGCAUCCUUGUUGUCUGCCUUGGAUGCCAGGGAAGGUAAAACACCCAAUCAUGACUAAAAGAAUGCAUAUAACAAGAAUAAUAGUACUGGUAGCUGUCAUUUCAACUAAGAAAGCUGUCAUGAGUGGACAAGUGCAAUGUGUGCUCACUUAAUUAUCUGGCCGGUUCUGAUUGUUGUUUUUGGGUUUUUGGCAUGUCUUAUUGGGUAUUUCUGAAAGAUGUGUGUUCUGUGUCAUCUAGUAUUAUAAAGAGGAGAGAAUAGAGAUGUUCAUCUAUUUUGAGUCUUCAACAAUUUGAGCUGUGUGCUGUCAUCUCUCAUCUGCAAUUGUCACCUUUUUGUUUGAAUUGUCCAACUGCAACCUAUGAA